GCAUGAUUAAAACGUCAUCGCUUGGCGUCUGCUACGUCACAUACCUCGGACGCAUGUUUGGCGUCUCUUGUUGGCAUUUAGUUCUCAGAUAAACGUCGUUCCGUAUGGCGAAUGGCUGUAAAGAUGUGCUGUUCACGCGUGGAGCAGGACAGAGUGACGAUUCAGAUAUAUGGGACGAUACAGCUUUAAUAAAGGCUUAUGAUAAGGCAGUUGCAUCAUUUAAGACUGCUCUCAAAGGGGGGGAAGAGCCACAAACAUCCAAGAAGUCAGAUCCCACAAAGAAACGCAAAAAUACCAAGAAAAAUGACAGCAGGAAGAGAACCAACGCACCAGCAAAUAAAGAGUGGAAAGUUGGAGAUAACUGCAGUGCCUACUGGUCAGAGGAUGGCCAGUUGUAUACAGCCAUCAUCUCCUCGAUAGAUGAGAAGAAGGGAACGUGUGUUGUGCUCUAUAGAGAUUAUGGUAAUGAGGAAGAGCAGAAACUUGAGGAUUUGCUGUCUGACAUUUCAGAAGAGGAGGACAACUCAAAGACAAAGGCCAAUGAAGCAGAAUCUUCAACAGAGGAGAGUGACCGUUCAACAGCGCCGAACCAGCACAAGCAGACAUAUAGUAAAACUCAAAAACCCAAGCCCCAAAGAGCGCCCCCUCCCAUGUGGGCUCCUGGUUUCCCUGGUUUUCCCCCGGGUCCUCCUCCUCCGAUGCCAGCUUUCUCAAAGGGCGGAAGGAAACAGCUUGGUGGUCAUGGACCUCUGCCUCCACCGUGGCAUCCUGGCAUGAUGCCCUUUGGUCCACCAAUGAUUCCUCCUCCACCACCAAUGAGCCCUGACAUGCCUGAUGAUGAAGCACUGGGCAGCAUGCUCAUCUCCUGGUACAUGAGCGGGUAUCACACCGGAUUCUACCUGGGAUUGAAACAAGGUCGAAAAGAGGCAACAAAGUUGUCAAAGCAUCACCACAAAUGAAGAAGGCAGUUUCAGGUCCCAGGGGUGUCACAUCCAGCUGUAGCAGCCCCCUCCCUGAUGUGCCUGAGCCACCGUCCUUGUCUCAAAAUGAAUUACUUGGAACAUGUUGUGGACAGAAUGUCUGAGCUGGUUUUCUAUUCCUUUUCCUUUGUAAAUAGACAAAUAAAAGCUGCCCAAGCACA